AUGGGAGAUGCGAUGCAUCCUCGACUCGAGUUCCAGCAAAUUUGGUUGUUUGUUGCUGCCGAUGAGUGCGUAUACCAACUCGAUCGAAUGCUGACAGGAAAUGUGGUGGCCUCGCCAAUCACCAGUGCUAAUGCGAAGUGGACAUUCCGCUUCCUCGAACCACCUCUCCUGAAUCGAAACCGACCACUGCCUAAUAGACACAACGAGUCAUAG